UUACUCCAAGUAGCAAGUGGGGUCACCAGGAGAUAACAUUCCUUACAACUUUUUUAAAAAGUUCACCUAUUUUAUAAAGAAAAGGAACACAGCUACUGUUCUGAAACAAUAUAGUGAACAAACCCAGAAACUACUGUAUUUUCCUAUGUUCGGCAAUCUGGUGAAAAAAUACUGGUGACAUUGUACCUUGCUAUGUGCAGCUAGCAGAGGCAAGAAGCCUUAACAUGGCAAUGACACAUGAAAAUCUCUUGAUACUGAUAGUUCAUCCAUCAGGUAGCAUGUAUAGUUUCCUUCUCCAGUUGAGACUUCAGAUAUAUGCAACCUAGAUUUUUUGCUUUCAGUGAGGUUCACAGGCACUAAGAUCUCUGAACUUUUUGCAGGCACCACAAACAGAAAGAGAUGCUCACGCUGCACCCAGCAUACAACAUGCUUGGAAGCAAAGUCUAGCCGUCAGAGAUCAAAGCUUGAAGCCUUGGCAUGAUUUAACAAAACACUCAAUGGCAAUGGCAGGCAGUGCCUCUAUCUUUUCUCCAUUGCCUUUGCUUCGAAGCAAUUCAAUCCCAUGCCGAGACUGAGGCUACAAAUACACUGCAUCCUCUCCUCCAUCUUGCAACCAACACUUCCAUUCCUGGUAUCAAUCAGCCAUGGCUCACCCAAUGAAGCUCUCCCUUGCUCUUCUCCUCUGCGUUGUCGGCGCCUGCGUGGCCCGCAACAGCGAGUUCUCCAUCGUCGGGUACUCGGAGGAGGACCUGUCCUCCCACGACAGGAUCGUCGAGCUGUUCGAGAGGUGGCUAGCCAAGCACCAGAAGGCGUACGCGAGCUUCGAGGAGAAGCUGCACCGGUUCGAGGUGUUCAAGGACAACCUGAAGCACAUCGACGAGAUCAACCGGGAGGUGACCAGCUACUGGCUGGGCCUCAACGAGUUCGCUGACCUCACCCACGAGGAAUUCAAGGCCGCCUACCUCGGCCUCAGCCCUCCUCCGGCUCGUCGGAGCAGCAGCAGCCGAAGCUUCAGGUACGAGGACAUCAACGCCGGUGACCUGCCCAAGUCGGUCGACUGGAGGAAGAAGGGCGCGGUCACGGACGUGAAGAACCAGGGGCAGUGCGGCAGCUGCUGGGCCUUCUCAACGGUGGCGGCGGUGGAGGGUAUCAACGCCAUUGUCACCGGCAACCUGACGGCCCUGUCGGAGCAGGAGCUCAUCGACUGCAGCGUCGACGGCAACAACGGCUGCAACGGUGGCAUGAUGGACUACGCAUUCUCCUACAUCGCCUCCAGCGGCGGGCUCCACACCGAGGAGGCCUACCCUUACCUCAUGGAGGAAGGCAGCUGCGGCGACGGCAAGAAGAGCGAGUCUGAGGCGGUGGCGAUCAGCGGCUACGAGGACGUCCCGGCCAACGACGAGCAGUCCCUGAUCAAGGCGCUCGCCCACCAGCCCAUCUCCGUCGCCAUCGAGGCAUCCGGCAGGCACUUCCAGUUCUACAGUGGGGGAGUUUACGACGGUCCUUGCGGCGCGCAGCUGGACCAUGGUGUGGCGGCGGUUGGGUACGGGUCAGACAAGGGGAAGGGCCACGACUACAUCGUGGUGAAGAACUCGUGGGGCGACAAGUGGGGUGAGAAGGGGUACAUCAGGAUGAAGAGGGGCACCGGCAAGGGCGAGGGCCUCUGCGGCAUCAACAAGAUGGCCUCCUACCCGACCAAGGACAACUGAUCGACUACCCAAGCUCAAAUAUGCUGCAUCCAGAGGACUGAAAGUCUCAGCCGUCCUUCAGAGUUGUUCCUACUCUGCAUUUCCCUUCCUUUUACUUUGUGUUUCCCUCAACAGUUUUCUUUCAAUUCGGUUGAAAUGACGGCUCGAUGGAUGAAAUAAUAAAAAUUUCCUUUCAA